CCGUGCCUGUGCUGGCAGAUGUCAGUGCGUGCGCGCUCCAGUAUCGCAUCAGCUGUACUGUCAAACGGUCGUGCGAAACAGGUUUGUUGGCGCUCGUGUCUCCCGCUGGUGUGCUUUAGCGCGUGUCCGUUCACGUGCGCUCGGUUGAUACGGCGUGAUAAACAGUGUUUGGCUCUGUGUAUUUGUACGAGUACCGUGAAUAAGAUCGAGUGCGAUCAGAUCUGCGAGCAGAUGCUGAGUCUCAAAGCUUUCAACUAAAUGUUCUGGAAAAAAGUGAAUCAUUGCCACAAUUUCAAAAAGCUACCAGACGAUUAAAUACAGUCCUUAUAUUGAUGCAUCCACUCCGGCCAGAGUCAGUGAACUCCGGAAUUCAAUUGCCAUCAUCAAAAUGGUGGCAAGACACCGUGCAUAGCCGUUAACUAUAUAGCAGACAUUUCCAGCAGCUGUUCAAUUGUUCAGUGCUCUGUGGAAAAGUAUUACGAGUGUGCAACCAGUUUCUCAACAACAGCAAUAAAUCAAUUAUAAAAUUAUUCAUCCGUGUCGGAAAGUGGAACAAAGCUGCAAAAUUUAAGCUUAUAGCUACUUGUAGAUCGUGUUAAAGCAGUUGUAGUGCUUUGUGCGUCUGUGAACGUGUGUUUAGCAGUAGUGGAUUGCAAGGAUAAUUAUCUUCAAGGAAAGGAUAACCUCUCAAGGCCGUUCAAAAGAGUUCGCUUUUUUCCCACACAACGGUCGAGAUAAUUCAAAACGCAGUGUACUUAGUUACGUAAACUAAUUUCAACGCACGAUCGGAACUUAAUGAAACGGAUAAGUGCAAAUCGAAAACAAAUUUAAACAAAACCUUGCGUGCACAAGUCAUCACCCAUCGCAAAGCAGCCCCUCGUCCCGUACAGACACGAUCAACCACACGCUGCUCUUCAAUCAAACUGUUGACCAAAAGUCGCUAAGAGCACACUAAAAAUACGCCAGAGCGAAAACGCGAUGGAAGAAAAGCUUGGCGUGAUGGGGUACGGCACGAGAUGAUCGCUGCACUAUACUUGAGAGACGGGCACCCUGCAGCCUUUGCCACGCUUGAGAUGGUCUUUAGUGGGUCCGGUCCUUCGGUCUGGUACCAGCGCAGGCGGGUACAGUCCUAGAACCCGGUCAUUCAAACGUGCCCAUCAAUAAGUCACGCGCCGGUAUCGGCCGAGACGUGAGCCGUAUCGGUAGCAGCGAGCAAAGCCGGCCAACACACAGACACACAUACACACAAACCCACGUGUACCCGCCGUGGUCCAUCGCCGUGUAAGCUCCUGGCACGGACGCACAGCACGGACGCAACGCUGGCCCACAAUCCUCCGGCCGGGGCAGUGCAGCGGGGCAAAGAUGCAACCGUUGCCGCCCGGCGCAAGAUGACGAUCACAGGCGAGGGCUCACGCUCGGCUAGCCGGUGGUGGUGCUGCUCGCAGAAAGCACCAAACCACCACCAGCUGGCCCGCGACAGUAGAAAGCGCACCCGACACCGAACCACCCACAAGCGGAGAGAGUCCGCGAUGAAGCGGACGAAGACAGCGGCGACAACGACGACGGCGAGGAUGGAGGGGACAGUGGUGCCGUCCAUCUUGGAAUUGCCGCCAACGGACAGCUGUAGCCAUACUAGUUUUAAUUAUAAAUUUUAUCGUUACCAAUACCUUCGACCUGUAGCUAUUCUGUACAUAGCGUUAGCGGUAAUUCUAGCGAACGUGUCAGCAUUCGAGCCGGACUUUGUAUAUCCGUUGGAGAAUGUAACCGUUGCAAAAGGUCGCGACGCCACGUUCACCUGCGUCGUGAACAAUCUCGGUGGUUAUCGGGUGGCCUGGAUUAAGGCGGACGCAAAAGCAAUCCUGGCGAUACACGAGCACGUCAUCACGAACAAUGGCCGGUUGUCGGUGACGCACAACGACUACAACACCUGGACGCUCGUGAUCCGGAACGUCAAGAUGGAAGACCGGGGCGUCUACAUGUGUCAGGUCAAUACGGAUCCGAUGAAGAUGCAGGUAACGGAUCGAUCAGUAGCCCGGCUGCAUCGCACUACAGUAUCGCUGUCUCUCCCUUUCUUUCCCUCGCUGCUGUGGCAGACCGCUUUUCUCGAGGUGGUGAUACCGCCGGACAUCAUCUACGAGGAAACGUCCGGCGACAUGAUGGUGCCCGAGGGUGGCUCGGCCAAGCUCAUCUGCAAGGCGCGCGGCUACCCGAAGCCAAAGAUCGUGUGGCGAAGGGAGGACGGGCGUGAAAUCAUCGCCCGCAAUGGCACGCACGGCAAGAUGAAAGCAACGAUAGUCGAAGGUGAGAUGUUGUCGCUGACGAAGGUGACACGUUCCGAGAUGGGAGCGUACAUGUGCAUCGCCUCGAACGGCGUACCACCGUCCGUGAGCAAACGGCUCAAGCUGCAAGUACACUUUCAUCCGCUAAUCCAGGUGCCAAACCAGCUCGUCGGUGCGCCGCUCGGCACGGACGUAACGCUCAUCUGCAACGUGGAGGCAUCCCCGAAAGCCAUCAACUACUGGCAGCGUGAGAAUGGUGAAAUGAUCAUCUCAAACGAGCGUUAUCUGAUGAACGAGAACGAAAGCUCGAUGUACGCGGUCCAGAUGACGCUGGUCAUUCGCAAGCUGCACAAAUCGGACAUGGGCGGCUACAAGUGCAUCUCGAAGAACAGCAUUGGGGACGCGGAGGGCACGAUACGACUGUACGAGAUGGAGCUGCAGAAGAAAACCAAGUCGGCACACCGCGUCAACAGCGUCGAGGAUACCUCAGGCAACGACGAAAUCAACUCUACGCCCAACAUCGACCAGUCUGACGAGAGCAACAAAAUCCACAAAAAUGGCCGGCUUUAUAAGGGUUUGCAGGCGGGCGAACACGACCUAAUCAGCUCCAGCACUAGCGAUGCGUCCGUCCGUGUAGGCCCGGUCACCCUGUGGCCGCUGGUGGUUGGCGCCCUGGCCCUAGCCCUCUCGCAUGGUAACACGCCACGGGUGCGCUGUUAAGCGGAACAACACGGGGGGGAGAGCGGCCUAGCGCAUACGGUUCACCGUCAGCAACAACCGUCACCUCGAUACGCACCGGAAGGAAUGGAUGCAGUUUGCUGCAUGUUACCGAAGCUUCGGUACACCUUGUUGCAGUGUUACAGCGGCAGGUCCAGCACGACGAAGAGAGCAAAUCGUUCACGAAACGUUUCACGCGACUAGGACACAAACAUUACACAAAAGACCGGCUCUCGAAUCAUACAUGGCGGUAUAACGAUUGAGAUUGAUUUCACUCGAAUGCGCCUAAAGGUAUACUGUGCAUUACAAAAUGACGCUCAUUGUAUUGCGUGUCCUUUUACUGCGCGCCACGAGUUAAGGUUUAAUAGCUUUUUCUUUUUGUUAACUCACCCUCUAGCCAUCAUACAACUUAAAUGUAUACGUACACAAUAUAGAAGCUUGUUUUGGGUUGAUUUCUGUUUUCGAAAAAAAAUGCUAUAAAGUAAUCAAAAUAAUUAUCUCAUUUUCUCACCGUGUUCGUGGUUUUUUGAGCUGUGAGUAGGGAACUUUGUAUUAUAUAAGACAAGUCUUCUACGAUUGGACUACCAAUUAGAUCGAGGAAAAUGGGAAAAUCAUCUACUACCACUAUAAGCUGUAGAUUAUGCAGUGCUCAUCAAAGUAUUGUCCGAAUGCAUUUGUGCGUGCGUGUGCGUGUGCGUGUGUGUGUGUGUGUGUGUGUGUGUGUGUGUGUGUGUGUGUGUGUG